UGAUGCAAUAGGUUUCAAGAUGUUUCAGUUUCUUGGCCGAUUUUUCUUUCUUCGUAGUUGGUUUUUAUGUGGAAUUCUGCUGAGUGGACUAUGCCGAGUACACUUAACAAAAGGGAAAUUCAGAUGUAUGGUAGACAAAAAUGAGAUAACGCAAGACAUUCAAAGGGGAAUGUCUUCAAUUGAAGUUUUGGCUAUGUAUCAAUGCAACAAUCGAAAACUGACCUUGCGAGAGGACACACUGGAUUCCUUGAGAAAAACUUUCACGAAGUUGUUUGAUGACGUCAUUUCGCCUGACGUCUAGUCAACUAGCUUACGUUUCCAGAAAUAUGACCCUCGCUUUCACGAGUGGGUUGACAUGGCUAACGAUGAGAAACUUUGAAGCUUUGUUUUUAGAUAUGAUAAAAAACGAUUUUUGACACCUUAAUCAUUUGCUCAACGAAAUGUGAUAGAAUCCAAAGGCGGAUCCAAGAUUUUACAAGGAGUAAGGGUUGGGGAAUGGCUUCUAAGCAUAUUACUGAAUUAAGUAUUCGGCACCUCAGAAUGUUAAAACAGUGACGAGGACAUCAUCCUUCUCAUACUACAUAUGGGCGGCAAUGUUGCUUUAUUCAGAAUAGCGAUUCCUCCUCACAGUCUCUACCAUGACACAACCUACCGUAUUUGGUCGCUAGUCAGCAGAAAGAACUGUCUCCUUAGAAAUAAAAACGAUAGGACGAUAAAAUGCGAUGGAAGUGUAGCAUCGAAUCAAGGGGUACUUCUUGAUAAUAUCAAAGUAAAAGACGUCAGUGCUCCAACUCAUCGGCUAUUUCGUCUUGAGUUACAAGUUCCCAAUACCCCUUCAAACAUUUACGUUAUCACUGGAAUAGGAGAAAACCAGGAUAUUAACGUUAAGAAAGUGGAUGCUUCCUCACCGCCUAAUACGUCAGGUACCAAGUUUGAACCUGAGGUGUUCUACGCCUUUACUCGAUUCCGCUGUUCAGGAGUCGGUGGCAAAAACGAUCUCUAUCUGGCUUCAGACGAGAAUGGGAGGGUUACAUUGGCUAAAGGAGGACUGUCGCGAUAUCCUAACCCUGCAACACUUUUCGUGAUCACCGAGAUAUAAGUCAGCUAGAUGAAAACAGCAGUAUGAUUUUUGUAAGCUUUCAGUAACACAUGCAAUACCAGACUGUGAAAUAAAUGUGUGUUCUAGUGGGAACCCU